UCGAUAAAUAUACACAGCGCCACCUGCUGUAAACAAAAUCUUCGCAACCCAGAAAAUAUGAACUGGGAGAACAAAUUUUCUUCUAUUCUUCGUGAAACCGAGUCAAACUUGUCAAAGGCUAGGAGGAAGCUUUACACACCUGGACAUGGACAUCUAGAUUUAACAAGUAGGGGUUUCAGCAGCUCACUGCCAAUGAGGCGAGCUUCCUCUCUGCUGGACAUGUCAGGGUAUGUCCCCAUGAUGACCAGUACCCCCCAGGUAGCUGCCCUGACCCAGUCAUCUCUCACUCAGCCUCAGCUUGCCAACUCGCUCCAGGAGAAGAUGGAACAACAAAACAAGCUGAUUGACCAGCUAAUGCAGAUGGUAAACAAGCUUGAAACUGACAGGAAUAACUACAGUGAACAGAUGAGGGAUGUCAGAGAUCAGUUGUAUCACCUGAGGACACACAGCCCCAAACCCGAUCGGGGAGGAGAUGUGGAAAACAAAAUUGACCGUCUUCGGCAGGACUUACAGAGCAAGAUUAACAAUGUACACCUCCAGCUCCAGAGAAACGCCAUAGACAACACGGUCCACAGAGACAUCAGGGACAUGAAGAACAAUAUACAAGAUGACUUAGACCUCAUGAAGAGGGAUAUAGACAUCCUGAAAUCUAGAAUGGGAAAAAUAGAAAAUGAAGUAUUGUCUGUUGUUAAAAACCAGAGAGGAGUGCCUCAAUAUGAAAAGGUGCUAAAUCGGCCGUCUUCUCUGAAUUCCACCACUGACACUAUGAGUCGAGUGAGGGACCAGUACCAGAUACAGGAACUAAGGUCGAGUGUGUCCACACUGAGGAAUAAGCUAGAUAACCUGGAGUACUCGCUGGGAAGUGGAUCAGCCACGCCCAAACAGCGCUAUACGUCAAACAGCGGCGUCAACACACCCCUGUACAUCAAUGCCAAGUCGUCACAGCUCUACGAUAAUGAUUUCACAGGUUAUAAAUCGGAGAAAUCGGUGAACAGUGUGAUGGAUCUAGACGACCUUGGCCUUUCUGAUGAGGAUGAGAGCACAGACUUUGAAAUGUUUAAUCCACAAAGGGUCAAGAUCAGCUCUACAGAAGUAGACUCAGAUGAAGAUCUGAACUUGUCUGACCUUGACCUAAGUGAUGAUGACCCUUUGGAAAUCUGACCCUUUCACCGCUUGCUGUACUUGUAGACAUUUUCUUGCCUUGUGAAUUCCUUCCCCAGCAAUACUAGCUGCAAUAAUGUACCCCUCUCCAAAUUUUAAUAUCUAAGGAUUAAUCCCCCCCUCC